AUGUCAGUACUUGUGGAUGAGGGAAGCAGUCUAAUGAGUGCACGAGGUUACGACAGUGAUGCUCAGUGUAUUGGAAGUCCACAGUAUCCCGGCCCCUUGAGCGCAUCGCCCAAUAGUCCAGCCUUCCGCAGAAUGGGGUUGAAUGAUAUUAUAGAGCGAAGUCGCGAUCGAAAUCACUCAGAGCAGUGGGCUAACAACAGAGUUCGGUCUCAUGCAAACGGUCUUGAGCCUCCAUUUGGCAUGCAUUUCGUACCUACUCCCCCGGGAAGUUUGAGAGGUCGACCACGAGGAGCUCAUUUUAAACCUGCAACUGAAGGAACGAACAGUCAAUCUGUGUCGUCAUUUGGGGAUGACCGAUCGGGCCAACAAAACGCCUUUACCAAAUCGCUUCCGAGUCUACACCCCAGCCAAGAUGUUGCGCCAAGUCAAGAGCAUCUUCGUGCUCGGGGGGACAAUGUUGGGAGCAGUGGUGAGAAUCUUCAUGGUCUCGGGGCUGAUUGGCUCCAUUAUAUGGGAGGGGGCCCCCAAGGUUAUCGCACGGCAUCUUCAGGGUCUGUAUACAACCAGCCCCAAGAGUUGUCCGUUUUCAAAACAAGACCGCAACCGGACUCGCAUGGAACAAGUCAGGAGACUCGAGUCCCACGCCUAGGCGACAUGGAUAUCUCGCAGAGAGUCGCAACGACAGCCAUAAGAUCCGGACAGACAUCAGCCAAUCCAUCCAUGUCAGAUCUUGCGCAUCAAAACAGAUACGGGUGGCUCAUGACGUCUCAAGAAAAUGUGACCUCGCCCGCAAAGUCAGAAGCAUCAACAAUCGUGGGUCUCGAAGCUCACAAGCAGGCAAUGUUUCACAAACGAGACGUUUCCUCUUUCUACUCCCGACAAAGCAGCAACCCUUCAGGAGAAGCAUCCCCAGCCGCGCAGUCAAUCAGAGCUCGUCCAGCAAACUUCAGAAGCAAAAUGCCAAUCUUUCAUCCAGAUAUGCUUGACAAGGCUCAUGUCGGCAACAAGCAAUAUUUGGGAACCGAGUGGCCGAAGGGGAGAUUUGUUGAGCAGUUUGGCGAUAGCAACCUGAUAUUGGUCCAGGAUCAAGACAUGCCCAGCGAAAGUGCAGGGCAGCGCAAGGUCAGUCCGGGAUGGAUGACUGGAGGCCGACGGAUGGGGUACGGAUAUGCCAUGGUGGACAAUGUCGAGGCGGGACCAUCGCAAGUUGAUGGAACCGGCAGUUUACUUCCAAACGGAGGCUGGCGCAAUCUGACCCCAGAACCAACACCUGGUGAUAUUCAAACGCGGGAAAUGAAGGGGUCUCUCCAUCAUGUAUCCGACAUGGCACAAUCAACUCAUUCGUGUUCUCCAGAACAGGGCCGGUCUUGCGAUUCUCCUGGUGGACGCCGCUUGUCCAAUCCCAAAAGUCCUGCCAAUGCCUUGGACGAGCCCAUUUUGACUCCGGAUUUAUGGGCAAGAAUCAGAAGCCGUUCAGUGCGAGGUUACAACGACGCGCCUCUGGCAGUAGAUCUAGCAGCAGAUCAAAUGUCUGCUGGAAAUUCUCGUAGUCCAUUCCCGGUACGAGAGCAAAAAAAUGGGCCUAUCCCACCUAAGGCUGUUGGCUAUGUCGAAGAUGCGGAAAUCUUUCUGGGUCGAUGGACUAAAAAUAGCCGCGGCAGGGAUAAGCCACGGCCCCUCAAGAUCAACCCUGUCAGCAACCUCAAGAGCGAAGAACUAAACCCCUUCCAAGAAGGCCCACCGCUGGUACAACGGCGAUUCUCAAUGGAUCAGGCAAAUCAGCCUCAAUCCGUGUACUGCGACUCGCGGAACGACGGAAGUGCAGAUCAAGUGGAAGAGACACCGACGCGUUCUCGAAGCGGACGUUGGAUCUUGAAAUUCUCUAGGAACAGGAACAGCAAGCGGCGUUCGAAGCUCUAUCCGAAAGAGGCAUCCCAGGACUCAUCGGUCAAGUACCAAGGCAGUGACCGUCAAGGAUUGGGACGAACAAACUCCACCCGGAGUGAUAUGGCAGAAGAGUUGGCGAGUGCGUAUCAGGAAUGCAUUGAGAUGCCAGGGGCAUUCUCUGGCAGCAAAUGGGCUAGCCGGACUAGUCUAGUGGUUGAGGCAGAGUGA